CAACAGCGCGCAUAGAGAGAGACGCGCCUCUGAAUGAGAAGCACAGAAGAGAGUUUAUCUUUCCACAUACCACAGACACACAGCAGAAGAUAAACAUGGAGUUAUCACUGAUCGCAGCGCAGCAUUUUCAAGCAGUCAGCGGGGCCUUCAUGGAUUCUCCAUGCAAUGACAAUUCAUCCCAUCAGACUUCCACCUCCAACCUCAAUGCAAACUUCUCCCGACCAGCCGAACAGGAAGAAGAGGGCAAGUUCUCCAGCGAUGCCAUCUGGCUGUGGGUGGCUGUCAUUGCAACUAUCGGCAACAUUGUUGUGGUAGCCGUGGUGUGUGCCUGUGCCUUUUAGACCUCGUAGUGUGCAAGAACUCAGCCUGACCACCUGAUCCUUCAUACUUCAGUAUGCCGUAACCUCAUUGUCUCCUUUCGCCAGAGGUUUCCCUAAUGGUCAACUUCAAGGUUAAAUUAUAAUGCUUUAUAUGUCAACCUUUAGAUUCCUUUAAGUUUAAAAGUUACCACUUAUUCUAUUAAUAAUUUGGUUAUAUAAGCCUGGUAUUAUGUAAAUCCCCUUCGAAAGUCCAGUGUACUGUAGAUCAACACGGAUUCCAGAUGUGAUUAUUAAAUCCUUCUGUUUUUAAACCAAAUCCGGGAACAUGUCUCUGGAUAAGGCACAUCAAAGUGCAUGUGUUGUUGAGUGUAAGUUAACGCUAAAUUAGGGACAUGUGGUGGUUGUCCAGUGGGUCUACACAUUACACGUUUUUUUAGGAUGCUUUUUGGCAGCAGAAUGGUGCAGUAACCAGCUUCUACCAGCAGAGGCUCACUUGCUCAUGAUGUCCAGACAAAUCAUGACCACUUUGGUUAUAAGCACACAGAGCAACAGUGUUGUUUACACUUUUGGAGUUACUGUAUAGCUUCUAGAUUUCAGUACUUAAACAUGGAAAAAUUUCAAAUGAAUGGUAAAUAAUGCUGCAGGAAACAAAUACAGAUGAUUUAUGAAUGACGAGUCGUCGUCUUUUCCAUUUAGUUGGGUAUUAAUUCAGUCAGUCCCAUUUUAUAACAUUAACAAACUUUGCUAAUCAUAAACUCUGUCAGCUUCAGUGUAUCCGUGCACACACAUUUUAAUGUGCACAUAUGUGCAAAAUAUCAUCAGUGCAUGAAUAAACCUAAAUCUCAACUUUUCCGGGUUACAGGCAUGCCACCUCUUUAUUUCACACCUGGCACAUUUAUUAAUACCUAUAAUUCUCCUUUGUUUGUAAAUUAGUAAUGCUCUGCUGGAUCUAAGAAGUGAGAAAUAAUGUGUUUCACAAUGUUUGAUUAAACUCUGGAGGUCUGAGGUUAUAUUAUCAAACAGAUAAAUGCAUUUAGUUCAGUGAUUUUAGAAAUGUGACACAAUUGAGUGUCCGAUUAACACAGGUUGUGUGCUUGGCUCCAGGAGACACAGGGGCACACCACCAAACUCAACUUUGCAUUGUGCCUUAGGGAAAUAUCAUUCUGCCAAUCUCAAAUGCUCCAAUGGAAUUUAAAUCUUAUUUUUUCGAGACUAGAAGAAACAUGUUAACCUAAAGGACAUUUGUGUUAUACGAACAAACAACUCAAAACAAAGAGUGCUUGGUUGCUGCCAAAGUGCAAUGGGAACCUGUUUAAAGACACUCAAUGAACAGAGACAUACAGAACGUAUUAUAUUGUUCCAGUGGUUGUCAAUGUGAAAUUUAAAUAAAAAAUAAUUUUAAAGUUCUUUAGCAUGCUUUGCAUUAUAUACAUAAUAUGUCAAUUUUAAACUUUAUUUUUGUCUUUAUUUUUAUUUAAGUUAUUAUGCAUGGGAAAAGCAGUUAAAGAAUACACCUGAGUUUAGUUACAAACAUUAUCCAGUGAUAAAAUAAAUAUUCAUUAUUUAAUAAUGUAUAACAUUUCAUUUGUAUUGUUAAUUAAUUGCAAAUAAAUUUUUCUACAUUGUUAAUAUAAACAUGACAUAGUCAUACAGUAUGAUAUAGUAUUCAUUAAUGCAAUUAUUUUGUUAGUUAAUAUUGUUUAUUUAUAUAGUGUAUGUAUAUAUUUUGUCUUUGAUCAUGGCAUUUAAGAUUAU